ACGCCAACUGAACCCUGUUCAGUGUAGGUAAAUUCGACGUCAGUCUACCACAAGCAAAGAGGAAGCCAAAGGCUUUAUUUAUGACGUAACGUCGAUUCUAUAUCAAUGAUCGUAUCUCGCAAUUGGAGUACGACAUUUCGAAGUCGCAACAGUGAUCGGCCAACCGCAGUCACUGACUGACGUGCGGCCUUUUAUACUUAAUUUGUAUGUAAAUAAUUGCGAAAUGUUGAUAUCAACUAAACUGGUAUUGGUGGUUGUGGCUUUGUGUCAUUCGGCGUAUGGGUCGAAUUCGCCACUUAUAAAAAAAAUCCACGGCCCCGGCGUACACUACGAGGGCCCGCACUGGUCCCCUACAGAGAGCUCGCUGUACUGGGUCGACAUCAAGGGACAGCAGGUGCACCGCCUUGAUGGGUCUACUGGCAACGUCACUACUAGGAGCAUCGGCUACGGCCCAGUAACACCGGUAGUGAGCGUGAAAGACAGCCCCGGCUACCUCGUCCUAUGCGUCCGUACGGAGCUCUACCUCGUGCGGUGGAAGACCUUUGUGGACGACGGAGCCCUGAGGCUGCUCGGAGUGAUGGACCUGGGGCUGCCUGAUAACAGGUGCAAUGACGGGAAGGCGGACGCGAGGGGGCGGCUGUGGGUCGGGACGAUGGGCAAGGAGGAGAAGGACGUGGACCCCGACCAGGGCGCGCUGUACAUGGUGGACCAGGACAAUCACGCCGACCCGGAGGUCAAGGUGCGUCCGGUGAGCGUGUCCAACGGGCUGGCUUGGACCCGCAGCAACAAGUACAUGUUCUACAUCGACACGCCCACGCGGAACAUCGACGUGUUCGACUUCGACCUCGACACCGGCAUGAUACGCAACAGAAGAACGAUAUUCAGUUUCGAAAGUAACAAUGUGACUGGACUACCUGAUGGCAUGACCAUAGACACAGAUGGGAAUCUUUGGAUCGCUUGCUUCAAUGGAGGAAAGGUUAUUAAAGUGAAUUCUGUGUCCGGUAAACUGAUUGAGCAGCACAAGAUACCUGCAUCGAAGGUGACCUCUGUCAUGUUUGGUGGACCUGAACUGUCCAUUCUCUACAUCACCACCAGCCGAGUGGGCCUCAGUGCCACGCAGCUGGCUCAGCAGCCCGAGGCUGGGUCGUUGUUUGCUAUACAAGGCACGGGGGCUAAGGGCUAUCCUGAGAACCAAUUUGUGUUCCCUGGUGCAGAGCGUUAUUAAAGUAUUAUUUUAGUUAUUUGUUCU